AUGGACAGAUAUAGAAUCUCAACCACCUCCAUCAAUGGAGUCCCAUCCCCAUCCAUCUCUCCUCGUCCCACCUCCUUAACCCGCUCUCCCAAACCUCUCUCCCACCUCCCCAACCCUCGCCGGCUCGACGACGACGCCGAGCUCAGCAUCUUCGACGCCCAACGCUACUUCAGCGACUCCACUACCACCACCACCACCACCAAUGACUCUUCUCUCAUCAAAACCCAAAAUUCCGACCUUUCCAUCAAUCCUCGCGACUCCUCUGUUUCCUCCGUCGACACAUUCUCUCGCAACUAUCGCAAUAUCUCCUACCAUGCAACUCCGACGGCCUCGUCGGAAGCCAGCUGGAACAGCCAGUCCGGUCUUCUCACUAACCCCCAUGGAGCCACCGCCAUCUCCGUCCGUGCUUUCCCCUCAAACGAUCAUAAAAAGCUGCCACCUUUCUCAACUCGCCGGCGAUUCCCUCGCCCCUGCCCGUGCUCCGGCAAGAAGAGCAUCGACGUCGAAGAGAAGUAUUCUGAACCAAAGACCCCCAUGACGACGACAACAACUGUGACUACUACCUCGUUGUCCACUGCUGCCAAACUUCAGACCAUAAGAACUGAGCCCAUCCCCGCCGACGUUGCGUCGGAGAAGGAGACAAAGAUGAAAAUUUUAGCCGAUAACUGGGCUAAAGAACGAGCUAUCUUCCGCCCCGCCGGCCGUUUCUCCCCCGAAUCCCGUUUCACGACCAGCCGUUUCCUCGAGUCGGGUGGGUUCUCUUUUCCCGUUUUGAAACCACAAGCUUCACUUGAUGACCCGGCGAGAGACUCACUUGAGGUUUUCCGGCCGAACCGACAUGGGGGGUUCCCGUUUCCGGGGAGCCCGAGAGCCGCCGACGACGACGUGGGCAGCGAUGCCAGCUCGGACUUGUUUGAGCUCGAGAGCUUCUCGGCUUACAAAAGACGUGACUCCCUCGACGACACGGCGGCGGCGGCUGGUCGGCUUGUUAAUCUCCACCGGAGCAUUGAGAUAGCUGCGGCGGCGGCAGAGCCGAGCGAAGGCUAUGCGCCGAGUGAAGUCAGCGUCGAGUGGAGCGUGACCACAGCCGAGGGGUUCGACCGCGCCAGCGCCGCAAACUUCUCCAGCGCCGCCUCCGACUACGACGAGGCUCGCUUCGUCCGCGCCGCCGAGCCGGACCGAGCCAGCGGGAAACGACGGGGAAGCGGCUUGCUGAGCUGCGUUUGCGAGAAAGCCGUCAGCGUUGGACCCAGCCCAGUCCGGUUCGUUCCUGAACCUCAACGUUGGAUCGAACCGGACCGGGUUCAUCCUGUACUCGUCCGGUCCAACUCGGCUCGCAUGUGCCGUUCUAUGGUCACCAGAUAG